GUGUUGUUGUUAUUGUUUACUUUGUCAAAACUCUCAGUGAUGAAAAACAACCAGGACGUAAAGCGUCAGUUUUUCACGUGUAGCUGUUUCACCACGGACAACAUUUUCCUGCACAAAUACAAACUUCACGUUCGCUUCGUGUGUGAGCAGCAGUUUAUGCUGGACUAUGAGAGCCUGCUCAGGAAACUCGGCUGCGUCACUGAACGACACUUUACUGAAGUACUCGACGAGAUUUCUCAGGAAGUGGACAGACGAAGGCGCCAGAGCGCGGCGUCUGCAGAGAGAGCCGUGGUUAUAACAGACACUUACCAGCCUCUCCAUCCUCAUGUCUACCAUCUGCAGGAGUCUUACCUCGCUCCAAAGUUCAAGGAGAUCGUGGAGUUCUGUCGAAGCGGCGACGCCAGUGAACAGGGUCUGCGAGAGUUGCUGGAGGAAGUGACAGCUCCAAGAGUUUACCGCUUCCCUGUGUUUGAGAGAAACUUCUGCGAGGAGCUGGUGGAGGAGCUGGAGCAUUUUGAGCGGUCGUCGGCACCCAAAGGAAGGCCCAACACCAUGAACCAUUAUGGGAUCCUCCUGAAUGAACUGGGCUUUGACGACACUUUCAUCACGCCUCUCCGUGAGCAGUAUCUACGUCCACUCACCUCGCUGCUGUACCCAGACUGUGGGGGGCGCUGUCUGGACAGCCACAAGGCCUUUGUGGUGAAAUACGACAUGAAAGAAGACAUGGAUCUGAGCUACCAUUACGACAACGCAGAGGUCACGCUGAACGUCUCCCUGGGCAAGGACUUCACUGAGGGGAACCUUUAUUUUGGAGAUAUGAGACAGGUUCCAUUAGGUGAGACGGAGUGUACGGAGGUUGAACACAGGGUCACAGAGGGCCUCCUUCACCGCGGUCAGCACACGCACGGGGCUCUGCCCAUCGUCUCCGGUCAGCGCUGGAACCUCAUCGUCUGGAUGAGAGCGUCACAGGAGCGUAACAGACUGUGUCCCAUGUGUAACAGGAAGCCCACACUGGUGGAAGGAGAGGGUUUCGCUGACGGCUUCACCACAGACUCUGCUGCUCUGCCCUACGUCUCCUGUGUGUUAACGUAACUUCUCGCAAUGUGGUUUUUGUGAAUCAUUCACAAUCAUCACAGCACCUUUAUCUGAAAUAUGAUGCCAUAGCAGUACAACUACGUCCUGCUGUGUGUGUGUGUGUUUUCAGUGUUCACUAAAUCUGUCUGUGUCUGUCAAUCUGAGGGUCACAAAGUGGCUAAAACAUACGUAUACCUGGGCCACACUGGUUGUGUGUGCAGUGUUUGCUGAUCAGAUGAUUUUUCACACAUUAAUCUCGUCUGGCUGCUGGAUUAGCAAGGAUUAGGAGAGAUUUUUCUGAAUGUUUAGGUGGUUUAAGGGUUGAUUCGCCUUUGGAAUUUAGGAGAAUUUGUUUUUAAUGAAAAUCCGAUUUCUCUUUAAAUUCCACUGCCAAAAGCUCCCUUUUGGCUCCUUAAGUUAAGCUCUCUGGAGGUUAGAGUUUUGAGUGUGUCUGAUAUAUUGUGUAUAUGCUUGUAUUUUGUUGCACUUUAUCCCCAAGGGGAAAUUCUGUUCAAAUGCUACAAGGGAAAUUAAAAGCAAAACUUGAUUUAAUAA